UCUGGUGCCUUCCCACUUCGCCAGACCACCACCGCCCCGACAGCAAACUGCCGACGCCGCGGAGACCCCCCUCGCGCCGCCUCGCCUCCGCCGACCGCCCCGAGAUUUGUUGAUCAAAGAACCAUGGAAGGGUCGUUCCAGUUGAACCCAAAUGCCAGUCCUUUCAUCCCUGGAUCCCUGAGUUCAUUCGCAGGCAAGGCCCCAGAAAACCAAGCAGAGUCAUCAUCAAAGGGUGACUCUUCUGGUGACACCUUUGAUCCUUCGGAGUUUGAGGAAAAUGACAUGGAUCCACUUGCUCUAGCCAAAAUGGUCGUUUCAAUGUUCCCAAAUGUGUCCACAGAUUUCAUUGAUGAGUUACUCAAGUCAACUGAUUUUGACAUAAAUCUGACUGUUGAUAUGCUGAAUGAGUUGAGCUCACAAGAUAUGCUUCAUGAUGAUGCUGAAGAUAUCAAUGAUCUGCAUGAUGACCAGGGCCUAUCUAGUGAGAACUACCACUGUGUUGAAGUGUCUGAGAGUAGCAGCAAUCUCAAUCAAGGUCUGCAGAAUGAGAACUCAGCAACAACUUCUGAUGUGAAAUCUGUCCUGCCAAAGUUCUCAAAUAUCAAUUUGCUCGACAAUGACCUGGGCUUGCCUGAUGAUAAGUCAGCGGGGGCUUCAGCUGCAAAGUGAUCUUCAUGUCAAGAUGCUCAGUUUGACCCAAAUUACUGCAUUCUGAUGUACAUAUUAGUUGCGCCCAGAAGUGUGGCUUGGAGGACAAAGUAGUGGAAGCAAUGAUUCCAUUUCCAUUCCCCAUUCUGAGUUUCGAAUACUUUGUUCAGCUCUUUAGGACCUAGUAGCUAGAUAUUUCUGGUGGUUACCCUUGUUCAGCUCGUUUGGACUAGUAGCUAGAUAUUUCUGGUGGUUAUCUUGCGGUUGACACCCUUUGGUUGGCUCAUCAAGACCGAGUAAUACCUGGUGGUCGUCUUGAUUUUUACACCCCUUGGUUGGUGCUUUGGGCUUUGGUACUCAAGUCAGUUCGAACCCUGCAAGCUAUGCUGCGACAGCUCUUUUGCGUGUGAUGUUCUGGGAGUGUUUAUCCAUACUGCUUGUGGUGCUGUUUACUGGAUUACCAGUCAUAUAUGAAUACUAACUUUAUCAGAUCA